CCGGAAGUCAAGUUGUUUACAUUUGGCCGCGAAAGACAGCUUGCAUUCAAACAGAGAUUUAGCUAACUUAAAAUGUCUGGAAAGCGUAAAAGAGAAGAAGAUGACGUGACAAGAUCAGGUAGAGCCAGGAAGAAACCGGCUCGAUUUCUUGAUGAGUCUAUCGAAGAAGAUGUUGAUAAGUUAUCAAAUGAUUCUGAUGAUUCUGAAGAAGAAUCACCGCAAACCACCAAGUCUGGUAUCAAAACUCCGCCUAUCAAAUCACCACCUCCUCCAUCAAAACUGUUAAUGCAGACCCUUCAGGCAGCACCAAAACCAGUAAUAAUACAACCAGUUGUUCAACAGCAAAUUAAAAUACAGGUACCAGCCCCUCAGCUUCUACAAACAGUGUCAGUUCCACAGAUGACAACAGUUAUCUCCCCUAAGGGACCACUGAAGGUUAUCACACAGAUGGCACCACAAGCACAGCAGCAAGUUGUACAGCAUAUUGUGCCCUUGUCACCAACAACACUUACGGAUAAUUCAGAAGCUGGUAAAAGAGGAAGGGUGCGUAAAAAGUCAGCUAAAGUAAUAGAAAUGGAAGAAUUUGAAGAAGCAGAGAAAACUAAAACCAAAAAGCCUGGUGGAAAAAGUCCUGUUGUUAUAUCUCCUCCCGUUCAACAGUCUCCCACAAAACAGCUCCCUCCCACUGGUAUAACUAUUGUCAGAAAUGAACAUGGUCAGAGCGUAGUGUUAUCAGUAGCAGGGGGUUUGUCUGGUAUGGUUAAGGCGGAACCAUCGCCUCCAUCUGCAAAAAAAUCAAAAUCCAGAGUAAAGAUAAAAGAACCAACAGAAGGAUCAGAAUUGUUAGUAAAGGAAGAACCAAGUGACUUGUCAUCAGUAGCAGAACUAUCAGCUAAUAUUAUGGCGCAGGCACAAGGACUUCAGGGUGCCACACAGAAACAAAAACAGAUUAAAUCGGAACCUGUUACACCCAAAAAACAAGAAUCUCCACCUUCUCCUUCAAAGAAAGGUAAAAGUGUCAUCAAAAUGUUACUAAAUACUCCCACACAGUUCACAACACCUUCUGUGUCAACUACUGCAAUAAGUUCUGAUAAACCCAAAGAACUAGACAAAAGCUCAGACUCUCUCAAAUCUGAAUCUAAUGUUGUACCAGCGGAAAGACCUGUUAAAAAAAUUAUCAUGUCACCAAGUGAUUUAGAUGAUGGCCAUCAAUCAUACGAUGACGAUGAAGACGACGAAGAUUUUGAUGAUGAAUUAGAUGAAGACGAUGAAGGGGAUGAUGAGGAUGAUAUGGAAUGGCAGUUUGAAUCGCAGGACGGGACUUUGCUAGAGCAGGAGGAAUUGGCCAGAAAAGCAAAAGAUUUGAUAGAUGCUUCUCCAAUUGAUAACAAGAAGGGAAAGAAGAAGACAAGUAAAAAGAAACAAUCACUUGAAGAAGAUGAUUUUGAUGACGAUGAUUUUGGUGAUGAUGAUGACGAUGAUGAAGGAAAUCUUGUUAUAGCAGAUGAAGUUAACAAGAAGAAGAAAACUACAAAGAAAGCACCAUCUAAGAAGAAAGGUGAUACAAAGGCUGGUGGUAAAACUGAAAAACCUGUUAAAGAAAAGAAGAAAAAAAGGUUAACUGCAUAUACCAUGUGGUGUAAUUCUAUGAGGAACAAAGUCCUGACAGAAAGUCCAGGAAUUGAUUUUGCACAACUCAGUAGAAGAUUAGGAGAGAUAUGGCAAGGACUUCCAUCAAGAGAUAAAAUGUCAUGGAAAAGAAAGGCAAAGAAAGAAGCUAGAAAACUAAUGGGUAAAGGACAGUUAAUCAGCACAGGUAAAGUGGCAACAUCAACUCCCGCAGCAUCAGGUACUGUCCAGCAGAAGAUAUCACACGCACCCAAAUCUGUCCCAGCAAUCCACCAUCCUACAGCUUCACAACAGAAGGCACUAGCGGCUGCAGCUAAACAAGAAGAUCAUGCUAUUCAGCUGAGGGGUUCUGGAAUAGAGCCUAUAGAUGUUGCAGCUUAUCUUAAAUUGGUUGGGGAAUCUCUUAGUAUCAUUGGAAUGAGGUUACAGGAACACAGGGGACUUAUUGCAGUUCAAGGAAGUUUGUCUGUGUUAUUAGACUCAUUAUUAUGUGCAUUAGGGCCACUUAUGUGCUUAACAACACAAAUUCCAGAAUUACAUGGCUGUCCGGCAGAGACACAUAGUAGAACAUUAGACAAUUUAGCCUACUUUAUGCCAGGAUUAUAAAUUUUGUGUUUUAUUUAUGUUGUAAAGAAAAAAACAAUUAAAAAAACCCAUAAAAGAUGACAAUUUUGUGAUAAACAUAAGAUAUUACAAAUGACAUACAGUGAAACCAGUCAUAAUACACCAAUUUCCAGGGCCGGGAUUAUUCUCCUAGUAACCUUAUUUUUGCAUUAAUUUGAACAUGACAUGAUAUCUUUUUUGUUGGUAGAGGAAAGUUUUUAACAGUCGGAUGUUACAAAUGAAAACAAAAGCUAUGAUUGGUGGGGUAUAAAAGAGUAGUCCAACCCCAUACAUGUCUUCCUGGAAUAGUCCUUACCAAGAUAUGAUGAUGCAAGAAAAUUACUUUGGUUUGUGACUUCAUAUAUUUUCUAUUGUAAUGGUUAAAACUUACUUGAAAACAUGCAAUUACAUAAAUGCAGAUGAUUCAAGAUUGGUGUAUAAUGACUCCAGAUAUUAUUUGUAUUAAUUGACAAAAAGGUGUUACUCUGUUCAUGUGCUUUGAGAAAGGACUUGCAACAGCAAAAAAGAUAUGCAUGGUAUUAAGGUCGAAAAGAUUGGAUUUGUUGUUUAUAGUUGAUCUUCCCUGUUCAUGCAUUGAAACUGUUCUGCAUGCUUUUGGCAGAAUUUGUUACAUUUGAUAUUUGUUUUCCUCAAAAUGGAGAACUUUUUUACCUUUAGAACUUGUAA